UCCAUAAUCAGAAAAAAAAAAAAGGAAAUUGAGAAAUUCAAAAAAUGUAGUCGUGACAAGAAGGAAAUUCAGUCUCUUGUCCCUGAAACAAAAUCUGCGACUUUCCUUCCAAAAUUUCAAAAAUCGGCUCCUUUUUCAGAAUUUGACAUGUACUGAAUUUGAAAAUCUCUUGCCUCCCCGCCAAAAAGUUAAACCCACGAAUCAAGAACGAGGGCUACUCUGAAGUUUUUUAAGAUUUUCUAUCUGUACUCUAUUGUAGUAAUGGAGCACAGAAAUCUCAAGAAGAAACGUAACCUUAGAAGAGAGAUCCGUCAUCCUCUUCACACUCUUCAGACUCUGAUAUCUGCAAUUCAAUCUCCAGAGGGUCUAAACCCUGGGAACAUGAAAUCAUUGUAUGGUGUGUUGGUCCAUUUGUCCUUGAACAAGCCUGCCACGACCUGGUCUAAAUGUAAAUCUGCUUCAAGUUGCAUAGAUAUGAAGUUGGAUAAGUUAAGAUUUGAAGACCUCCAUAGUCUCUCUGAUUUCUUGUUUAAUGAACUUGACGUGGGAUUUAAGGACUUUUUCUCUGUUUUACAUGAUGUUCCAAUUUCUACGGAUAGUGACCAGGCUGUCUUGGUUAAAAAUAUAUGGGCAAAGAGUGAAGGACUAAUGGUGCUGCUUAGAUGUUGUAUGGUACUAUUAAUUUUGAUGGAAUUUAACCCGGAGCUUUGUACUGUAAAAGGCAGACUUCUUCUUUCAAUACUUGGCAGAUUGAUGUCCACUGAGUUAAGUGGUGGUGGGAAUGACAAAAAUUCUCUCAUUUUUAAGAGGUCAAUUUCUCUUGAAUGUGCAUAUAUCAUCGGUGAUUGUACUGCCUCUGUUACUGAGGAGUCUGUUGCUUCAAUAACUCAGUUGGAACCUUCUUAUUUGUGCUAUACUCUUAUAUGUCGAGCACUUGAGGUGUUUGCAGAUGAGCUUUUGAUGCAUAGACCAUUGAGAGGGUACUUUAUGUUGAUUGAUUCUGCAUCCUCCAGAAGUGAAACGUUAUUCAAUUUCCACUUUGGUCAUGGUAAUAUUGGAAGUGUGCUGGAGGUGAUUUGUGCUCAUCUUUUUCUAUCAGUUUCCGAUGAGCUAGCAUUUGUGAAUUUCAUCAGAAGAUUAGUUUGGUCCAACAAGGAUUACGUCAGAAUUCCUGAAAUAAGCUUGUCAACAGCCUUGUCUUUGCUCUUUAGCCCUGUUAUGCUUUCUGCUCCAAAAAUGUUUCAGGCACAUUUGGUUUUAGUGGUCUCUGAAGCUAUUGGUAUUUGCACAGAUUCUGAUAAUAUGAUGCUGGACGUUCAAUUAAUGGAUUGGUACUUGAAAGCAUUUGAAAAGUCUGUCAUAUUGUACACUAGCCACAUGUCUAGUUUGCAUGUCUAUGGCCAUAAUAUGACUAGCAAUGGGUCUUUUGUCAGUUCAUGUUUGCUUGGGAGUAGUCAGACGACUUUUGAGUCAUAUCUUCUGCAGGUCACAGUGGACAAACUCUAUCUUUUAACUGCCAAGUCAAAAAGUUCGUGGGAUUCAUAUUUAAGCAAUAUGUCCUUUGGAACAAAUGCUGAUCUGGUGGCUGCCUCUGUAUCAUAUGUGAAGGAGAAUCUAUGCAUAUUUGAUGAAUCCUUUAGAGAUGAGGUUUUAUCAAUAUCAAAUUGCAUAAUACUGGGAUGUUCAUCUGAUGAUAUGAGUGAAACUUUAUUUCACAAGAAAGGGGAAACAAACCAUGAAGAUAUGUAUCUUUUUGCUUCUAUACUGAAGUUAAUGAGCAGUUCAAUGUUGAAAGCUGUUUGGUAUCUCAGAUAUGUUUGUUUGAAAUCCCUCAGAGAUGUUUCCUUAAGUAAGGAAUAUGAGUAUGUAGUGGGCAUUCUUGGUUGUUUUCAACAAUUUAGCAUCCAUCUACCGAUUCAAAACUUCUUAUGUGAAACGAUGCAAUCUUACCCUGAAAGGCAUAAGGUGUCUAAGUGGAUGCUUUUACAUCUGUUGGGACUGCUUUCGUUAAGUUUUCUAUGUGGAAUUGAUUUCUUAGUAAAGGACUGUUUAUUUACAAUGAUGAUACUGUUGAAUUUGUUUAUUUUUGAAGAGGGUGAUCUCAAAGCACUAGGGUCGUUAAUUUGUUCUGAGACAAAAUCCUCUUCAUCUAAAUUAUCUGACAAAGUUGAAGGGGUCCUGGAGGUUAGAAAAUCUAGUCAACUGAUUUCGUCAAACAUUCAGAAGAUUCAGGAUAUGUACUUCAGAAUAUGCUCAUUCUCGUGCCCUAAGGAAGGAAAACAAGACAGGCAAGUAGAAACUUCAGAAUAUGCCUUUGUCCAGAAAGGCCUAGGUUGUGUUCUAGCAGACAAUUCUGAGGAAACCUGUAACGGUGAGAUAUUCCUGAAGUGCGUACAAAGAGGAAAUCCCCAAAAAUCUGAUAUUGAUGAUUUAGCUGACUUCAUUGAGUGCAAGCCAGGAAAGGAUUACUCUGCCUGGUUGAAGAAUAGAGAGAGAUUUAGACAAUGGAAACAUGAGAAAAUGGUAAGAUUAAGAUGGAAGAAAAAGAAAGCAGCAUGGAAUUCUAUGAAAGUCAGGUAAGGAACAUGUUGAGGUAAAGAACAUAUUUCGUUCCUUAUUUGAUAUAAAUGAAUUCGAAAUAUAGAAUUUUUACCAAUGAUAGAAUUUUGUUUAGUUAUGAACUUAAUAAAAUUUAGUUUGUAGAAGUGAAAUGAACAUUUUCAUUAAUAUCAAACAUGAAAAUGUUAGGCUCCAAAUGGAUUCCACAAAUUUUGUGGAAUCCAUUAUUGGGCUUUAAGGUUUCAUAUCUAACUGUAUAUAAAUGUUAUGUAAUGAAUUGACAUCCUUAAAAGGUAGACAAUCUCCAUUUGUGUUCUGAUAGUGAUGAGUCUGCAGAAGUCUGUUCUUUCUGUUAAGACGCUUAAACAGAAACUGAGGUAACAUUUUGCCUACUUCAGAUAGUUCUUAAAGUGAACCAAUUGCUGAACUGAUUGUUCUUAGUGGAUUCAACCAAGGCAUUCUAGUUUCCAGUUGUUAAGAAAGGUUACUAGUUCAUCAUCA